AUGCAACUAGUUGAACAGCAUCUUCUCGAUCUCGAUGCCAACCUCAAUCACUACCUUGCUCCAGGAAUGAGAGUUCAUCAUCCAUUAUAUCCAAAUCAUACUAUUACCAUGAGACAUAUUCUUUCACCUACAUCGGCUGGUCUUCUUCGCACAUUAGCUCAUAUAUUAUCGAUUUAUCUUCAAUCAUUUCUCAAUCGUUUUCCAUCAGUUUUUGCUAAUUCCUCAGCGGUUGAUGAAAUGAUUCAAGUUAUUCCUGAUGAAAAUACUCAAGUUCAAUUCGAUUUAAUAUGGAACUGGCAAACGUUUCGAGGUCGACGUUUGAUCGGACAUUAA